AUGGUAGACGACAAGAAGCUGACGAAAAAGCAGCUCAAGGCUCAGCAGUUCCGUAAAACUAAGGACGAGAAAGAAGGGGAUAAAACCACCAAACGCACAGCCGAAGAUGCUCUUGAAACAGAACAAAAAGUCGACGGCACCAAAGAAGAGGCCCCACGAAAGAAACGUAAGACGCGUAGAGGCAAAGGUGGCAAGGGCAAAAAGGGCAACAGGUUUUUGAUAUUUGUUGGAAAUCUUCCGAAAGGUGUGACAAAAAUAGACCUAGUAGCGCAUUUCAAGUCGAGUUCGCCUGAUGAGAUCCGUGUGAGACCAGACAAGAACAUUGCGUUUCUAGAGUUCGAUGCUGAGAAGGACCAAAAAAAUAUUCAGUCGCGGAUGGACGUUGCGCUGUUACAGCACAAGACUGAAAUGCAGGGCAGAAAAAUCAACGUCGAGCUAACUGUUGGUGGUGGUGGUAACAGUCAGGCUCGUUUGGAGAAAUUAAAGCUCAAGAACUUGAAGAUGGACGACGAAAGAAGAGUCAGAACUACAAAGAUGAUCCAAGAGAGCAAGAACAAAAGCGCCAAGAAUGCAGAUGCAAGCGCUCCUUCCUCGGGUGGUGUUCACCCGGACCGUUUGAAAUUGAUUCAAUAG